ACAUUUAAAACACAAUAUUCAGAGUGUGUGAAUUUUCUUUUCUUGCCACCUUUGGUGAGUGUGACAGCAAAAGCUUAAAAACAGUCUAGUGUCGGACGCGGUUGUGUAUAGUACGUUUAUUUCAGCUGUUUAACGCAAUAUCUUCAAAGUUUAUUAACCGAAACCAAUAAGAAACAGAAGGGUGAAAUAACAAAAUUAUAUUUAAAUCUAGUGAACUGCAAAAAAAAGAAUAUAACAAAAUUUAAAAAAGAAAAGAAAGAAAAUCACAAAAUUUCUUUUUAUCUUUCAAAUCUGUGUUAUAACGAAGGGUGAAAAAAAGCUUGUGUGGGGAAAAAUACUACAAUUGUUGUAUCUAUUGGAUUUUUCAUUUAUAGCAAACAUAAAAAAGAAGAGAAUUUCUAAAAGAAAAUAAUAAAAGAUUUUAUUAAUAUUGAAAGAAAAUUAUUCAAAACACGUUGAGCUUAAGAAUCAAUAAAUAUUGAAUUCAGUUUACAUAUAUUAACAACAAUUGUGCAAAAAGUUCAAAUCAUAAAACAUGUCUGCCAGUCCAAAACCCGUUAAAAAAGUUCCCAUUCAUUUACAGAGUGCCCAAAAUCGCGUUUAUAUUAAAAAUGGCCAAAUUGUUAAUCACGAUAAAACCUUCCCAGCAGACGUUUACAUUGAGGAUGGCAUAAUUAAAUUUGUGGGUCCUGCCUCGGAAAUUAAUAUACCCGGUGGUGUGCGUGUGGUUGAUGCCAGCGGUAAAUUGAUUUUACCCGGAGGCGUUGAUCCUCAUACUCACUUUCAAAUGAAAUUUGAUGGAGCUGUAACCGUAGAUGAUUUCUAUCAUGGUACUAAGGCAGCCAUUGCAGGAGGCACCACCACCAUUAUUGACUUUGUUUUGCCCGAAAAAGGCGAAUCCUUGGUAGAAGCUUAUGAUAGAUAUCGCUCCUGGGCCGAUCCCAAGGUGUGCUGUGAUUAUGGCUUUCACAUUGGUCUUACGUGGUGGUCGAAAUCUGUCUCCGAUGAAAUGAAAAUAAUGUGCGAGGAAUUGGGUAUCAAUUCGUUUAAAAUGUACAUGGCCUACAAGGGUAUUUGCCAAUUGAACGAUACUGAAAUGUUGGAUGCCUUGGAGCGUAUACGAUCAUUGGGUGCUUUGGCACAGGUCCAUGCUGAAAAUGGUGAUAUUAUUGCUAAAAAUGUUAAGAAACUAUUGGCUGCAGGUGUAUGUGGUCCCGAGGGCCAUGAAUUGUCCAGACAAGAAGAAGUCGAAGCUGAGGCUGUUAAUCGUGCCUGUAUUUUAGCUCAUCAGAUGGAUUGUCCCCUUUAUGUAGUACAUUGUAUGAGUAAAUCGGCGGGCAUUGAGUUGGCACGAGCACGCCGACGUUAUAGUAACCGUCAAAUGAUUUAUGGCGAAACACUAGCCGCUGGUUUGGGCACUGAUGGUACACGCUGCCAGCAUGUGUGUUUCCAUGAUGCCGCCGCUCAUGUCAUGAGUCCUCCUUUAAGACCAGAUCCCUCAACGCCCGAAUUUUUGAUGUUAUUGUUGGCAAACGAUGAUCUCCAAGUCACUGGCAGUGAUAAUUGCACCUUCAGUCGUGAGGACAAGGCCAAAGGUAAAAAUGAUUUCUCCAAAAUUCCCAACGGUAUUAAUGGUGUUGAAGAUCGCAUGUCGGUGGUCUGGGAAAAGGGUGUACAUGCCGGUCUCUUGGAUCCCUGUCGUUUUGUGGCGGUCACCAGUACCAAUGCUGCGAAAAUUUUCAAUUUGUACCCACAAAAAGGUCGCAUUGCUGUUGGUUCCGAUGCUGAUGUUGUCAUCUGGAAUCCCCAAGCCACCCGUACCAUAUCCAAAGAUACUCAUCAUCAGAAGUGUGACUUUAAUAUAUUUGAGGGCAUGGUUUGUCAUGGUGUACCCGAGAUGGUGUUGGUGCGCGGUCGCAUUUGUGUUGAAGAUGACAAAGUGCGUGUGGCCGAGGGUUUUGGUCGUUUCUUAAAUACCCCAGUACGUUCGCCAUAUGUCUAUGAUAUUUUGGAGGGCAAGAAGACCGUUAAUGAGGAACAAAAUAAUGGUGGGGAUCAUGAGGAGCAGCAUGAGAAUUUGAAUGGCAGUAUGAAGAAAAUGAAUAUGACAGCUUUGGAGAUAGAAAUACCGUAUCAAGAGGUGGUGUUGGCUGGUACUGGAGGACCUCAAACCGGUUCGAUUGGCAGUACACCGUCGGGACGGGGACAUGUUAGUGGUUCGCGUAAUAUGCAAGAAUCAACGUUUUCCAUAAGUGAGGAACUUGAUACAGCUGGCAAUCGCUCUUGCAUUAAAGUUAGAAAUCCUCCCGGUGGCAAAUCAUCUGGCUUCUGGUAAAUGUCUUACAGCCAUGAUUAAGUCAAAGAGGGAGAAGAUAAACAAAAGACGCUUUUCGCACAAAAAAACAAACAAACAUCAAAUAAAAUCUUAGGAAUUAAAGUAUCUUAAUUAGUCUUUCAAACACCAUCAUCAUUAAGGACACAAACUGCAGCAAGAACAACAGUAACAGCAACAACAACAACAAUAAAUACUUAAUUAACAAAAUCAAAACAUUUAAAAUAAUUAAAAGCAUCCUUAAAACCUAAAACAUAAAUUUUUAUUUAAGAUUUUUUAAUUUCGGAAUUAUUAUUUUUCAACUAGUAACAAACAACAAGAACAAAUAAUAACAACUAAAUAAAUAAUAACUAAAUUUAAUUAUGCUACAAACCAAAUGAAAUGAAAAUAAUAAUUUUUGCUAACAAAAUCUAUAAUAUUUUGUUUCAAUAAAUUUGUACUCCUCGUAUUUCCCCCAAAAAUGACAACAAUAUACUAACAAAAAUUAAAAAAAAAAAAUAUAAUAAAUCUAUAACACAGGGCAACAAAAUCGAAAAAAUUUUGGAGGCUUUUUAAACCACUACACAAUUUUUAUGUACAUUUGUGGUUCCAGUAGUACAAAAAUGGUAAAAAUUUUAAAUUCUAUGGAUAGAUUUUUGUUUCUAAAAUUAUGAAUUUUUUUAAAUGUUUCUCCACAUAAUUUAUGAUAACUCAAAAAUAGUUAGACCGAUAUUAUUGAAGUAAACUCAGAAAAGUUCAAAUUUACAUAGCCUUUAAACUGUUAAUAUAUUGCAUUUAAAUCCACUCAGUAGUUUCGGAGUUAUAAUACCAUUUUGAAGCAAAAAAUACAUUUUUUACGUGAAAAUAGCAAAUUUAUGUGUUUUAAAAAACUCAUGAAAAAUUGAAAACGGCAGAACUUGUUCAGGUUUAUUACUUUGUCGCAAAGCCGCGUAUAAUAGGAACAAAAUAAGAUAUCGAAGAUAAAAAUCGAUUGAUUUCUUUCGAAUUUAUUCACAAUUAAGUGAAUUUGCUCAUUUUCACAAAAUUUAACUUUUUUGUUUGAUAUACAUAAAAUUGAGUAGUUAAUGUUCUUCUUCCGAUUGAUUGAAUAUUGAAAACAUUUUCCCCAUGCUAUGUACAAAUUUUCACAUAUAUAUUGCGUUUUAAUCGGCUCAGUAGUUUCGGAGUUAUAAUAACAAAUUCAAGCAAAAAAAUAUAUUUUUUAUGUAAAAAUUUGCAAUUUCUUUGUUUUAAAAAAAUCAUGAAAAAUCGAAAAAGGCAGAAAUUGUUUAGAUUUAUUGCUUUAUCGUAAAGCCACAUGUAAUAGAAACAAAAUGAAUAUCGAUCAUAAAAAUCGAUGGAUUAUUUUCGAAUUUAUUCACAAUUAAGUGAAUUCGCUUAUUUUCAGAAAAUUGUAUGAGCGUACAAUCGUGUACUUUGAGUGUAAAUUUUACAUGUGUUUUGUUAUUGUAACAAAAAUUUUAACAAAUCGGACUAACCCUUUUCGAGUUAUCAUAAAUUAUGAGCAGAAACAUUUAAAAAAAUUCACAAUUUUUGAAAAAAAAAUUUAAAAAAAAACCAAUCCAUAGAAUUUAAAAAUUUUACCAUUUUUGUACUUAGGUAACCAUGAUGCAUUAAAUCUAUAUAGUGGUUAGUGAAGCCUAUUUUUUUUGCUGUUGACCUGUGUAAUUAAAACCAAAUACAAUGAAUGUAUAUUUAAAUUUAUUUAAUUAUUUAAUAAUAUUUAUUUACAAUACAACAAACAAACAAACAAUUGUAAUACAAAUAUUUAGCUUAAAUUUACUUUAAAUUGCUUAGAAACUACACAAUACAUGUUUCAUUAUAACUACUAUUUAUUAUUAUUAUUAUUAUCUACUAUCAUUAUUAUUAUUAUUUAAUAUUUCUUAAAAUUUAUCAUUUAAUUUUGUUUAACACAACUCAACUAAACAUUAUUUUCCAAGUGCAUUAAAAGUUUUUUACUCAAUACCCAAUGUUGAAAUAAGUUUGAGUUGCCGUUCAGGCAGCUCCUACUCUGAAACGAUAACUGUGUAAUUUAUUUACAAAAAAAAAAGUAAAAAUAAAUCAAAUCAGCCUAAAUUUAAUAGACAAAAAUACUUAAUAUUCUUAUUUUCAUGAGCUGUUUUGUAUAGUGGUGCCUAAAUUUAUUUCAAUUUCUUAGGUUAAAUUUUGUUCGAAUUUAUUUUCGAAAAAUUGCUCAGUUAUCGUUGCAUUAACGAUUUAUAUUGAAAUUAUUGAAUUGUAUUAAUCAAAUAUACAUACAUACACACAAAACUCAUUUACAUACACAUAUUUAAAGCUAUUUCUACUAAAUUUUUAUAUUCGUAAUCGUACAUAUUUAUUAUAAUAAUGAAAUUUGUAUGUAUUAAAAUUAUUAAAUAAACCGAAACGAUUUGAAGAAAUCGUAAAUAAAUGCA